AUGAGCAGAAAUUUGGAGGCUCUGAAACUCUACAGGAAUUUGCUGAAAUACUCCAAGAAUCUGCAAUUUUCAGACGCGUUUUUUGUGAGACGCAGAAUUCGAGAGGAAUUUGAGAAGAAUUUGGAAGCUACUGAAAAAAGAGCGGAGAUUUUGAUCAAGGUAAGAUUUUUUGGGCAAUGGGGUGAUUCGAAAAUAAAUUGAUAAAAAACUAUUUUUGACAAAAAUUUUGAUUCAGCUAAAAAAUCUAUUUUCUUUCUUAUUUUUUUCCAACACAAAAAAUGAAAAAAAAAUACAAUAAAAAUCUAUCAAGGCAAAAAAUGUUACUAUUUGAAUCACCCCAUGAAAUUGAGAUGGAAAAUUAAUACUUUUUUCAGUGGGGACAAAGUGUGAUUGAAAAGAAGAAGAUCAUUUGAAAAUGGUUUGUGUUUUGGGAAUCGAAGGAUCUGCGAAUAAAAUUGGCGUGAGUUUGAACAUUAAAACAACGAAAAAAAUGAGGAAAUUUGAAAUUUCUCAUAAGAACUGGCCAAAUUGUAGAGUUUUUGAUAGAUUCCGUUGAAAAUCUGGGUUUUUCAUGGGCUUUUAGGCAUUUCUCAAACAUUUGAUAGUUCGUCCAAUUUUCCUAAAUCAAACAAGUUUUGUUUGAAAUGCAGAAAUCCCCAUUUUCUUCAGGUUGGCAUAAUUCGAAAUGGCGAAGUUCUUUCAAAUCCUCGUUCCACAUUUCAUGCUCCACCUGGAGAAGGAUUUCGUCCAACUGAAACUGCUCAACAUCACAAACAACAAAUAUUGAGAUUAGUUCAGGAAGCAAUUAUUCAAGCAAAAAUCACGAAUCCGGCAAAAGAAAUUGAUGGAAUUGCAUAUACAAAAGGACCUGGAAUGGGAGCACCAUUACAAAUUGGAGCUAUUGUUGCGAGAACAUUGUGUCAGGUAUGGGAAAAGCUUUCAAUUUCACCAAGUGUUUUGUUUCCAGGCUUGGUCAAUUCCUCUAAUUCCAGUCAAUCAUUGUGUUGGUCAUAUCGAAAUGGGCCGCCUGAUAACUGGCGCUGAUAAUCCCGUAGUUUUAUAUGUCAGUGGCGGAAAUACUCAAGUAAUCUCAUAUUCAAAUCGAAAAUAUCGCAUUUUUGGUGAAACAAUUGAUAUUGCUGUUGGUAAUUGUUUGGAUCGAUUCGCACGAGUUUUGAAAUUGGAUAAUAAUCCGAGUCCUGGAUAUAACAUUGAACAAUUGGCCAAAAAUGGUGAGCGAGUUUUUGGGCAGCAAAAUUCAAAGUUCCGAAAAUUUAGCGAUACUCAGAAAUUAUUCCAGAAAAAAAUUUGCUACAAAAAACUUCCCGGAUUUUUUACGUUUCGAAAAAAUAUGAUAUUUUCAACAAAUUUUUUCAAAAAUGUUAUUUUUCCGUUAAUUCCAAACCUAAAGAUUCAAUACUGUUUCACACAAAAAAUUCGAAAUUUUGUCUAUAAAAACAUAUUCAUUUCCCAUUCUUCCCCAAAAAAUGCUCAAAAUCUAAGUGUAGUUUCAGUAGUUGCUUGUGCAAUUUCCUUUCUAAUAAUAGCCGUUGGUUUGUGUGGUGACAUUUUUUCAGCUUGAAGUUGAGAAAUUCGAGCACGCUGAAAAUAUAUUUCAUUUUAAACUUUGCUGAAAAUUGUCUGUAAAUCACCUCUUUUCUCAAUAGUCUCUUAUUCUGUCGAUAAAACAUGUACAAAAGUUUGAGAAUUGCGAAAAAUCCAACAAAUGACAACAUUCCAUCCGAAAUUUGAUUCAGAUCUUGUGUUUCCAAUUUUUUUGAUCCUGAAAAAAGUAUGAGCUCCAAAAAAAACUUCAAAAUCUCACCUUCAUUAUCAUUAUUAUAGCUAUCAGUAACAAAUUGCUGAUCAACAUGAUAAAACGGAAUCUCUUGAGUGUUAUUAUUAAAGGGAAAUAGUGGAAAAUUCAAUUUUGCCUCGAGCAAAUAUUGUGUAUCAUUGUGUAGCUGGCAAGAAUCUGAGUCCUGAAAAUUGAGGGAAAUAAUUGGAUUUUGGUGGAAAAAUGGAUGAAAUUGAAACAUUUCGUUUAAAAUUGACUCGAAAUUAAUGAAAAUUUAUCGAAUUCAAACCUAAAAAUAUUGAAAACCUUGUCAAAAUUUACAAUUUUCCAGAAAUCUCCUGAAACUCAAACUCACCAUAAAAAUCUGGGUUUUUGCAUUGCUUUCACAUCUAACAUGAUUCGAAUUCCAAUCCUUCAAAUUUUCCUUUUUCAAUUUUUCACUUUCUCCACAAUACUUUUUGACAUGCGAACCACAACAUCCAAAUUUGAUGACUGUUGUUCGAUUUUCCGAUCUUUUUAAUUGAUCAUAAGCAACACAACAAAUUGGUUUUUGAGUUGUGCAUUUUUUGAGAAAUAAUUUGGACGAUUUUUGGUUUUGGUGAAUGUAAUUAAAAAUUUGAGGAGAAGGAUAACUUGCUGAAAAUAGGGGAUUUUAAGCUACGAAAAUUGAUUUUCGACUAAAAAUAUUCAUUUUUUGUUCAAUUUUGGCUGAAAUUCCAGGUUUUUCCUGAAAAAAAACUCACCUCCUGCCAAUGAUUCUUCUUCAUACAUCAAAAUCUCAAUAUCACCUUGAAUACAUGUGUUUUGAAAUUCUUGAGGAAUUUUACAUGUUUCUAUAAGUCUAUCCAAGUAUACUGUAAAAAAAAACUACGGUAGAUUUUUGGCAUCAACAAGUAUAACACACAAAGUUCCCCGAAAAUUGGGACGAAAAGAAGAGAAAUUUGGAAAAAAGAUAGAUACUUUGUCAUGUUUUGUUUCGAAUUUUAGAAAAAUUAAAAAUGGCCGAAUUUUUCGUGGUAUUUUUCACGGAAUCUUUUUUUUGGGAAAAAAAUGGGUCACGUUUUAAUGAAAUUAAAGAAAAAUAAAAUUUAAUUUUCAGGUCAAAAACUGUUUGAUCUACCGUAUGCGGUAAAAGGAAUGGAUAUUUCUCUUUCCGGAAUUUUAUCGCAAAUCGAAAAAAAUGCGCCAAAAUUGAUUGAAAAUGGCGAAUUUUCACGAGAGGAUUUGUGUUUUUCACUUCAAGAAACCGUUUUUGCAAUGUUGAUUGAGAUUACGGAAAGAGCAAUGGCUCACACGGGAAGUCAGGAAUUAUUGAUUGUUGGUGGAGUUGGAUGUAAUUUGAGAUUACAGGUAAGGAAUUUUGAAUUUUAGGCGGGAAAUUCGGAAUUUUGGAGAAAUUUUGAAACAGAUAUGGGUAAAAUUGUGAAUUUUGAAUCCUGGAGCGAAAAAUUAGAUUUAAGACCAACAUUUUAAUUUUUCAUGAAUUUUCACCUUGGGAACUUUCCCUGAAAAAUACAAAUCAAAAUAUAAUUUCAAUUUUAAUUUUCAGGAAAUGGCAGCAGCAAUGUGUUCUGAAAGAGGAGCACAUCUUUUUGCAACUGAUGAACGAUUUUGUAUUGAUAAUGGAGCAAUGAUUGCGAGAGCUGGAGAAUUGAUGUUAGGUAAGGUGAUUUCGAGGGAACUUGAAAAUCUGAAUUUUUUGCAGCUUCUGGUCUGAAAACUGAAAUUUCAAAAUCGACUUUCACACAAAGAUAUCGAACUGAUCAAGUCAAUGUUAUUUGGAGAGAUUAG